CCAUUUAGCAAAGCUUUAAAUGAAGACAUAUUUGCGAAAGAAGAAAAGGCUUAAAUCUGUCUGGUAGUCUCAUCUUCUAAGAAGGCGAGACCACUACUUUUCUAUUACUACCCUAGUUUAACAAGGUGUUCUGAGGCUUAAUCUCACUUUGAUGCAGCAGUCUGGCUCUUUGAGUAUUUCAGAAGUUUAUGUCUGGUCUACUGAAAGCAUUUUUUAAAGUAUUUUUAAAAAAAUACUUAGUUAUAGGUGGACCCAAUAUCUUUAUUUUUUUAUGUGGUGCAGAGGAUCGAACCCAUUACCUUACGCGUGCUAAACAAGAGCUCUACCUCUGAGCCACAACCCCAGCCCUAAGGUAUUUCUUAAAAUUUGUGUUUACAUUCCUGUAAGCAUUUAGGUACUUAACCACUAGGCUCCAUUUUGAAUUCUAUUAAGCAUUAGCCAUUCAGUAAGAAGAAUCACUGUGGUCCCAGCUUCCAUUAUAAAACAAGAAAUGUGACUAUAGCAACAUAGUGGGUGAUAGAUAUUAAGGCCAUGACUCCUGCGUGGCCUAGUUAAGAUACAUUGGAGGAUAAUCAAUCUAAGGCUUGAAGGAUGAGAAGUGGUAAACUAGAUCAGGCAAAGAAGCACAUCCAAAGAUCCAGUCUACACUGACUAAGAAUCCUUGACUGGAUGAAUUGCAAAGGGUAAUGGUUAAUAGAGGUUGGAAACACCAGUAAGUACUAUUAAGAGCAGCUUUACAAUUAAUGAUUCAUGUUAAAUUUACCUCUUAUGAAGAGAUGGAAGCCACUGAAGGUUUAAAAGCUUAUUUUUCAGGGUGGGGAUAGUGGGUCACCCAAUAGAAUUGCUGUUCGGGCAUUCAUUGCACUAUUGAGGACAAAAUAAUGUGGGCCAGGAGAAAUAAUGUAGGUAGUACAUGCUGAAGUAGCUUUCUACUAUGUAACAUAAGGUGUGAACUGCUAGUAAAUGGAUGCUAUAGAUUGGCCACUGCCUGGCAUCUUUCUGAUUUUCUCCAGUCCUUGGUUGUCUGACUUCAUCUAUAGCUAAUACUCUUCACCAAGUGUUAUCUUGUCUCAUCCAAUCCCACGAUUUUGAAUAAGUGUUUCAGUUAAAAGUAUUUGCAGUUCCUAAACUCCAUCGUAACUGAAUGUCUUGAUUUUGAGUGUUUCUGGUCUUUCAGAUUGACCUUUAUUGAUUGCCACUCACUGGCUGCUUUCAAUUUAUGGAACUGUUCAGAGCAGUUAUUUUGGGAACCAUCUUUUUCUUUGACGCCCUGUAUCUGAUCCUUAAAUUUCUGUUUCUACUGGGAAGUAUCCCGAGUCCCCUAAUACUGCCAUUCUGGAACAGUAAUAGCUUAUGUUCCUUCUCUGUUUUUAGCCCACCUGUGAUUAUUAUCAUUUUUGUACAGCGGACUGAACCUUUCUAGAGGGCAAAUCACUUCCUUUUCACGACCCUGUCCCCCCAGGUGAGGUGGUUUUCUAGCAAAUAGAAUUGGAUUCUAAAUCUGGUCCACAUUAUGUUGGGCUGCUUGCCUACCAUGUUUCACUUGCUUGCAAUCUUUUGCUAAGAGUUUUUAUCUCCUUGGAGCCUUUACAUUUUUUGGUGUGGGAAGGCUAUUCGCUAACAUUCUUAAAGCUCACUGUAGAUUAAAGUCUUUUUUUCCCCGUACUACCUCAAAAACAGUACCCUUACUGUAUACUUGAACAUUUAGAAUUUACCUUAAAGGGGCAGGGUCAUUAUGAACUAAUCCCCUGUGAACAGAAGCAUCUAGCAUAUUGACAUUUUUGUUGAAUCCAUAAAAUUGUAAUGAUGGGUAUCGGACAAAUGCCCGUUGUAGUAUGGCUGGUCACAUUAAAAUCUGAAAUACCUGUUUGAGAAAGGAACUUCAAGAGUAAGAAUUCGGUUUCUGACUAGUUAUGUUAAGGGAUCUGUCCCUCUUCCUCCGCAAAAUAAUGAAUACAGAAUUAUGUGUGGGUAGUCACGUUCUUGCACUGGGAGCUGGAGGGGACAUUGAAGAGCAGAAAUCUAGGAUUAGUAUUAGAAAACAGGUCUAAGGGGACCCUGCAAAGAUCGGAAAUCGGGUGGAAAAUGUGCAUAACUCCACAGACAGGUUCACGAGAUCAGUACCACAAGAGUUGAGGGUCUAGUGAGAUGAAUAAAAAGAUCGGUGGUCUGAGCUUCCUCAUCGUAUCACAUCAAAGGCAAGUACUUUAAAUACUUGCACAUCCCUGGAGGCACCGACUUUCGCAUAACGAGGCCAACACUGAAAACCUGAACACCGUGUGCUGCACCUGGCCUGUGGAGACACCUGCUGCUAACCCCCUACACUGCGGCAGGCACUGGUGGUGUGGACAUGAACGUUUGUCUUGCGUUGCGUAGACAAAUGCACUUCGGGUCAGCAAACAAAUAAUUUCGCUUCGGGUCAGCUUCUGCCACCGAAAACUUCCGCAGCGCAGUCGCGGUGGGGAGUCCUGGGGUAGCUCCGCCUCCGCGGCCUCUGACGCCAUCAUUCGUCGACCGCGUUGAGAAAGGUCCCUUCCCCGUCCCCGAGUCUGGUGUGCUCGUGCACUCUUUACCUGCCAGCGUCUGGGCGGAACACGCGGCGGAGUGCGGCCAACUCCGCUGACGGCCAGGAACUCGCUAGGGGCAGCCUACAGCAUCCUGCCCUUCUGGAGUUGUUCCGUUUCCCCACGUGCUUCCGCUUCGCGCUGGGAUCCCGGCGCAGUGAUAGUUUUUCACCAUGCAUCGGAAGAAGGUGGAUAAUCGAAUCCGGAUUCUCAUUGAGAAUGGAGUAGCUGAGCGACAAAGGUCUCUCUUUGUUGUAGUUGGGGAUCAUGGAAAAGAUCAGGUGGUAAUCCUCCAUCACAUGUUGUCCAAAGCAACUGUGAAGGCUCGGCCUUCAGUGCUGUGGUGCUAUAAGAAAGAAUUGGGGUUUAGCAGUCACCGGAAGAAGAGAAUGCGACAGCUGCAGAAGAAAAUUAAGAAUGGGACCUUGAACAUAAAGCAGGAUGACCCCUUUGAGCUCUUUGUAGCGGCCACAAACAUUCGCUAUUGCUACUACAAUGAGACCCACAAGAUCUUGGGCAAUACCUUCGGCAUGUGUGUCCUCCAGGAUUUUGAAGCCUUAACUCCAAACUUGUUGGCCAGGACUGUAGAAACAGUGGAAGGUGGCGGACUGGUGGUUAUCCUGCUCCGGACCAUGAACUCACUCAAGCAGUUGUACACGAUGACCAUGGAUGUGCAUUCCAGGUUCAGGACUGAGGCCCACCAGGAUGUCGUGGGACGAUUUAAUGAGAGGUUUAUCCUCUCUCUGGCAUCUUGUAAGAAGUGCCUUGUCAUCGAUGACCAGCUCAACAUCUUGCCCAUCUCCUCCCACAUGGCCAGCAUCGAGGCCUUACCUCCACAGGCUCCGGAUGAGAAUCUCAGCCCUUCUGCUCUGGAGCUACAGGAGUUGAAAGAGAGCUUGCAGGACACCCAGCCUGUGGGUGUGUUGGUGGACUGCUGCAAGACCCUAGACCAGGCCAAAGCCGUCUUGAAAUUCAUCGAGGGGAUCUCGGAGAAGACCCUGAGGAGUACUGUUGCCCUCACUGCUGCCCGUGGACGGGGAAAAUCUGCAGCCCUGGGAUUGGCUAUUGCUGGGGCGGUAGCAUUUGGGUACUCCAAUAUUUUUGUUACCUCUCCAAGCCCUGAUAAUCUCCACACACUGUUUGAAUUUGUAUUUAAAGGAUUUGAUGCUCUGCAGUAUCAGGAACAUCUGGAUUAUGAGAUUAUUCAGUCUCUAAACCCUGAGUUCAAUAAAGCAGUGAUCAGAGUGAAUGUCUUCCGGGAACACAGGCAGACCAUUCAGUACAUACACCCUGCAGAUGCUGUGAAACUGGGCCAGGCUGAGCUCGUUGUGAUAGAUGAAGCUGCUGCCAUCCCGCUGCCCCUGGUAAAGAGCCUGCUCGGGCCCUACCUUGUUUUCAUGGCAUCCACCAUCAAUGGCUAUGAGGGCACUGGCCGGUCACUGUCCCUCAAGUUAAUUCAACAGCUCCGUCAGCAGAGUGCCCAGAGCCAAGUCAGCACCACCGCCGAGAAUAAGACCACAACGACAGCCAGACUGGCAUCAGCACGAACACUGCACGAGGUUUCCCUCCAGGAGUCCAUCCGAUAUGCCCCCGGGGACGCUGUGGAAAAGUGGCUGAAUGACUUGCUGUGCCUGGAUUGCCUCAACAUCACGCGAAUCGUCUCUGGCUGCCCCUUACCUGAAGCCUGUGAGCUGUACUAUGUUAACAGGGAUACCCUCUUCUGCUACCACAAGGCCUCUGAAGUUUUCCUCCAGCGACUUAUGGCCCUCUAUGUGGCUUCACAUUACAAGAACUCUCCCAAUGAUCUCCAGAUGCUCUCUGAUGCGCCUGCUCAUCACCUCUUCUGCCUUCUGCCUCCCGUGCCCCCCACCCAGAAUGCCCUUCCUGAAGUGCUUGCGGUUGUCCAGGUGUGCCUUGAGGGGGAGAUUUCUCGUCAGUCCAUUUUGAAUAGCCUGUCUCGAGGCAAGAAGGCUUCAGGGGACCUGAUUCCAUGGACAGUGUCAGAACAGUUCCAAGAUCCAGACUUCGGUGGCCUUUCUGGUGGAAGGGUCGUUCGUAUUGCUGUUCACCCGGAUUAUCAAGGGAUGGGCUAUGGCAGCCGAGCUCUGCAGCUGCUGCAGAUGUACUACGAAGGCAGGUUCCCUUGUCUGGAGGAAAAAGUCCUCGAGACAUCCCAAGAAAUCCACACCGUAAACAGUGAGGCCUUCAGCUUGUUGGAGGAAGUUGUCACUCCCCGGAAGGACCUGCCUCCCUUACUCCUCAAACUGAAUGAGAGGACCGCUGAGCGCCUGGAUUACCUGGGUGUAUCCUAUGGCCUGACCCCUAGGCUCCUCAAGUUUUGGAAACGAGCUGGAUUUGUUCCCGUCUAUUUGAGACAGACUCCGAAUGACCUGACAGGAGAACACUCGUGCAUCAUGCUGAAGACUUUGACUGACGAGGACGAGGCUGACCAGGGAGCCUGGCUCUCAGCCUUUUGGAAAGAUUUUCGAAGGCGGUUCCUUGCUUUGUUGUCCUACCAGUUCAGCACCUUCUCCCCUUCCCUGGCUCUGAACAUCAUUCAGAACAGGAACGCGGGGAAUCCAGCCCAACCUGCCCUAGGCCGGGGGGAGCUGGAGGCACUCUUCCUCCCCUAUGACCUGAAGCGACUAGAGAUGUAUUCACGAAACAUGGUUGACUAUCACCUCAUCAUGGACCUGAUCCCGGCCAUCUCCCGCUUGUAUUUCCUGAACCAACUGGGGGACCUGGCCCUGUCUGCUGCCCAGUCGGCUCUUCUCUUGGGGAUUGGCCUACAGCAUAAGUCUGUGGACCAGCUGGAAAAGGAGAUUGAGCUGCCCUCGGGCCAAUUAAUGGGACUUUUCAACCGGAUCAUCCGCAAAGUGGUGAAGCUGUUUAAUGAGGUGCAGGAAAAGGCCAUUGAAGAACAGAUGGUGGCAGUGAAGGAUGUGGUCAUGGAGCCCACGAUGAAGACCCUGAGUGAUGACUUGGAUGAAGCAGCAAAGGAAUUCCAGGAGAAACACAAGAAAGAAGUGGGGAAGCUGAAGAACAUGGACCUCUCUCAGUACAUAAUCCGUGGGGAUGAUGAAGAGUGGAAUGAAGUUUUGAACAAAGCUGGGCAAAAUGCCUCGAUCGUCAGCCUGAAGAGUGACAAGAAAAGGAAGUUGGAAACCAAACAAGAACCUAAACAGAACAAGAAGUUGAAGAAAAACAGAGAUCUAAAGAACAAAAAAGAUAUGAAACUGAAGCGGAAGAAAUAG